GCCAAAGUUGGCCACCCUUGGCUUUAUAGCUCAUGGUGUGCUCCCUGUCUCACCAUGUGGCACUGAUAGUCAUAUGAAUGUGUGAAGAUGGAACGUGUUAAGGGGAAAAUCCACAACCGAGCCAGAGUUAAUUCUGCAGUGAUGGCAUCUGCACUAGCGGGGCUUGUCAUGGGAGUCACUAGAGUCCCUGCCAGUCACUGUCAGACUCUGCACCUGGAUGCCUGGACUGAUUAUAAGCACCACCACCACUGAGUGGCUCUGCUCCAGGAGUGUCAGAUGGGAGUGGUCCGGGUCCAUAUACAUGGGGAGAACAUCCAUCUUGAGCCCUGAUAUAAAUAGUGUAGAAGAUGAUUCUGAGGAAGCUUUUGGAUUUUUGUGGCAACUCUCAGUGAAAUCCUAUGAUGCUGUUCCAAUCCAGUCAAGUGUGGUUAUAUGUUCCUGUCCAUCCCCAUCAAUGGUGAGGAACCAGACAGAUUCCAGCACUCCAUCUGUCAUCACCACCUGUGGCAGCAGAAAGGGGUCUAACAUGGAGGGAACUGCAGCUGAAUCAAGAUCUAGUUCAAAUUCCCUACAGCAACAUUCAGGACAACAGCCUCCACAGCCUCGAAAAAAACGACGUGAGAAUUUCAAAUUUGGCAAAAUUCUGGGUGAAGGAUCUUUCUCAACAGUUGUCUUGGCCCGAGAAUUGGCAACUUCCAGAGAAUAUGCCAUUAAAAUUCUAGAAAAACGUCAUAUCAUAAAAGAAAAUAAGGUCCCCUAUGUGACCAGAGAGAGAGAUGUAAUGUCCCGUCUGGAUCACCCUUUCUUUGUGAAACUCUACUUCACAUUUCAGGAUGAUGAAAAGCUGUAUUUUGGACUUAGCUAUGCCAAAAAUGGAGAGCUUCUAAAAUACAUUCGCAAAAUUGGCUCAUUUGAUGAGACCUGUACCAGGUUUUAUACUGCUGAAAUUGUAUCAGCAUUAGAGUACUUGCAUGGAAAGGGAAUAAUUCACAGGGACCUUAAGCCAGAGAACAUUUUGCUAAAUGAAGAGAUGCACAUUCAAAUAACGGACUUUGGAACAGCAAAAGUAUUAUCUGCAGAUAGUAGACAAGCACGGGCAAACUCAUUUGUAGGGACAGCGCAAUACGUUUCUCCGGAAUUAUUGACAGAAAAAUCUGCCUGUAAAAGUUCUGACCUCUGGGCUCUUGGAUGUAUAAUAUACCAGCUUGUAGCCGGAUUGCCGCCAUUUAGAGCUGGCAAUGAAUAUCUUAUAUUUCAGAAGAUAAUUAAGUUGGAAUAUGACUUCCCAGAAAAAUUCUUCCCCAAGGCAAAAGACCUUGUGGAAAAGCUUUUGGUUCUGGAUGCUACAAAGAGAUUAGGCUGUGAAGAAAUGGGAGGGUAUGGACCUCUUAAGGCUCAUCCAUUCUUUGAAUCCAUUACAUGGGAGAAUCUGCAUCAUCAGACACCCCCAAAGCUUACAGCAUAUUUACCCGCUAUGUCUGAAGAUGAUGAAGAUUGUUAUGGAAAUUAUGACAAUCUCCUGAGUCAAUUUGGUUGCAUGCAAGUUUCUGGUUCGGCAUCCUCCCCUUCACUGUCUGCCCCGGAGACAAGUCACCCACAAACAUCAGGGAAUAUAGAACAGUACAUUCAUGAUCUUGACAAUAACUCCUUUGAGUUGGACUUGCAGUUUUCUGAAGAUGAGAAGAGACUACUACUGGCAAAACAGGCUGGUGGAAAUCCAUGGCACCAGUUUGUAGAAAACAACUUAAUACUAAAAAUGGGUCCAGUAGAUAAAAGAAAGGGAUUGUUUGCUCGUCGACGCCAAUUAUUGCUCACUGAAGGGCCCCAUCUCUAUUAUGUGGAUCCUGUCAACAAAGUUCUGAAAGGAGAAAUUCCAUGGUCACUAGAGCUGCGACCAGAAGCCAAGAAUUUUAAGACCUUUUUUGUUCAUACAGAUGAAACAGGUGCUUAUUUAAUAGACAGAGACCCGACCUACUUUGGGCCAGUACUGAACUAUCUCAGACAUGGAAAACUCGUUAUUAACAAGGACCUAGCUGAGGAAGGUGUACUGGAAGAAGCUGAAUUCUACAACAUCACAUCACUAAUAAAAUUGGUAAAGGACAAAAUAAGAGAGAGAGACAGCAAAAUCUCACAGGUGCCAGUCAAACACGUGUACAGGGUGCUGCAGUGUCAGGAGGAGGAGCUCACCCAAAUGGUCUCCACCAUGUCUGAUGGCUGGAAAUUUGAACAGUUGGUCAGUAUUGGUUCUUCCUAUAACUAUGGAAAUGAAGAUCAGGCUGAAUUUCUGUGUGUUGUCUCGAAGGAGCUGCAUAAUACCCCCUAUGGCACAACCAGCGAGCCCAGUGAAAAAGCAAAGAGCGAGGAUGAAGAGACGGAUUACGAUAUGAAUGACUCAGAUUAAGUGUAAAUGUCAUGAUUUUGCAAGAGCGAGGUUCCAGGAUGUGAAGACCAUAUUGAACACUGAAGAAUAUUUCUUUUAUUCCAAGAUGCAGUGAAUUAUCACAUUGAAGAGGCUUGGCUGUGAGAGGAAGAAAUCUGCUUUAGAUAAUUUUCUGUUGAUCUGGAUUGAACCAUUUAUGCCUAUAAGCUGGUAUAGACUGAAUGUGCUGGCUGAAAACAUCGCAAGAUUAUUGAAUGGGAAGAGAUGAUGUGAGAGAUGUGUUAAUCUUGGUUCUAGUGCAUGGUUGUACUCUCUCAUAGGCUGAAUUAUAUUGGUCACAUAGAAAGAAACAAUCAUGCACUCAUAUUUUCCUCUGAGACAUGUAGCACUUACAUCUGGUGCUGGGUGUUCCAAUGUUGAUCAGUUUGAAAUGAUUUGGGUAUUAAUAAUUGCAAACAGUUAAAGGACACUGUAUUUGGUGCUACAUAUAUAUUACAGCCCAUAAAUGCAAAUAUUUGGGCCUACAUAGUUGGUUUUGGAAUCAAUGACAACCCUGGUUUACUAUCUUAUACUGCACAUUCCUUAUGGCUCAGUGACACAUUUUCUAUUAGGUAAGAAUGGAGUAGAAGAUCAUGUGAAACUACCUUGUAAAAAGUUACACCCCAGACAAAAGAUUCCCAUGAAGAAUAGGUGUAAAAUACUGACUGGGUUGAUGGCUUAUUUUAAUAGUCAAAGGGAAUACUAAACUUGGAAAAAAUGUCUUUUGUCUGAGUCAUCUCUGAUGUUUCUGCUGUCAAAAUAACUUCCUCCUGCAAAAGUUAAGCUCCAGUCUUAGCCAAAUGUUUAAAAGGAAAAUCAAAAUUUCUUAAAUUGUCACAGCUGAACAUCUUGUCUCUUUUGAAAUGUUUGUUGCUAACCAAAUGUUGUACAUUUUAGAAAUGCCUACAAGUGUCAAGCUCCUCUUGGAUUUUGUUGGGUAUUUUAAGAGCUGGAAUCUGUGUAGCUACAUGGCUGGAUAGUGUUAGAUUCUGAUCCUGGUGAAUGAGUUUAAAGUUACCAUAAGAGCGCAAACAGCUCACCCCAGUUAAAAGUCUGAAUUAAUUGCUUUGAAUUUUCAUGAUGUUUACAGUCCAUCUCUCUACAUUGUUUCAACUAUGCAGUUCUUUAUGAUGUUUCUAAGAAUGCUGCCUGAAAACAUUUUCACACAGCUGCAUUAGGACAGGCCUGUGGUAAAUGUUAACACACAAGACUGGAGCUUUUUAGUUCAUUGUGUUUUAAACAAAAUCAGUAGCAUGACUCUUUGAAACAGAUGUAACUAAAUUGAUUGUAGAAAAGUUAAACUCUCGAUUCUUGAAGCUUCAUUGGCUUGCGUAGCUCUAGGUGGAGCAGUGGAUGGGAGUUUAAACCGGAUUGUCCAAGACGAUCUGGAAUUCUAAAAGCAUUUUAAACUGUUUCAUUAAAUAACUUCAGAAUUUUUACAUAUACCAUAUCCUCUACCAGGAAAAUGUGUAAUCCUCCACGUGAAAACCAGUUUCUCAAGCGUCUUGGGUCUACCUAUAUUUUUUAAGACUUAUUGUACAUUGAUAAGUUUGGCAUAAGCAAUUUGUAAAACCAUUUCUAGAAAGCAGGUUAUGCGUGGGCUAAAUGUUUUGUCAUGCAUCUAAUGCUUGAAAGAGUUUGUAAAGCAUUUUGCCACUUGGAUGCGGUCUGCACAGGAAGCUGCUGGCCCCUCCACAAUACCACAUUGAUGUGUUUUUGUCUUUUUUUAAGAUGUUAGGACCUAACUGAAUUUACUAAAAUGUAAUUAUUCUGUAGGGGGAAAUGUUUAUACUUUUUAUACUUUUUUUUUUUGUAGGCAUCCAUGUUUUAUCAGCCUCAAGUUAAUGCCUAAAUUUCCCCUAAAUAGUAACAGAUAAUCAUGUGUAUCUAAUCAUAGCGGUUGGUUUUUCUUAAAAUGCAUACUAAAGCAUUUCCUUUGCUGGAAAAGUCACUGUGUUUAAGCAGCUUGACACGACCCAUGUUCUUCAGGUUCCAUGGCUCAUGGAAUUGUGGCCUUUAAAGCUUCCUAUUUUCCUGCUGGGCUCUACAGAGUAAAUUCAGCAUUGGAAUAAAUGGCUUUUAAUGCCUUAUAAUAAUUAAAAAUAUAUAUUGAUAUCAUUCCAAAAUCUGCAUUUUUGUGUGUUGUCUUCUGUUAAACCAAAGAAGGCAGAUGAUUUGAUUUUCAUAAACUACCUGAGAUCCUUAAGGAUUGCAGAAGCAAAACUUGAGUAAGAAACUGAGAAAAUUGAAACAACUUGGAGGAUAUAUAUGAAAAGGGACCACUUUUAGAGAGUGGCAUUUUCACUGGAAUACUUUAUAGUGUAAUAAAUUUCCUUUUUUUUUUGGUGUGAUUAUCUGCACCCUGGUUUACAUUGUCCCUUGUAGUAGCAAAAAUUAUUUUGGGGAAGAGUUUGAAUCAUUAACAUUUUGCACUUUCUCUGAUACCUCACAGAGCUAUUGUCUCUCACUUCAGCAAAAAAAAAAAAUAAAUAAAUUAUUAGGCAAAUAUCUGGUAAAUAAUUUUGCAAGCUGCUGUAGCAGACCUGUCAACUAAUCUUCUGUUCUUGCUCUUACCCUUAUUAAUUUCAUAUUUCUCGAACAUCUGAGACAUUCACUUAGGUGCAUGUACAGUAGAACCUCAGAGUUAAGAAAACAUUGGGAAUGGAGGUUGUUCCUAACUGAAACGUACAUAACUCUGAACAAAACAUAAUGGUUCUUUCAAAAGUUUACAACUGAACAUUGACUUAAUACAGCUUUGAAACUUUAUUAUGCAGAUGGAAAAUGCUACUUUUAUCCAUCUUAAUUUAAAUGAAACAAGCACAAGGACAGUAUCUUUACCUAUCAAAUCUUUUUUUAAACUUUCCCUUUAUAAUAGUUUACAUUUAACACAGUAAUGUACUGUCUUGCUUUGCUUUGCUUUUUGUCUCUGCUGAUGCCUGAUUGAGGCAAAUGAGGAGUGUGGUUGACUGGUCUGUUUGUAACUCUGAGCUUCUACUGUACUAUCAGAUUCUUCUCCUAAAGCCCCAGGAGUUUCCCUUUACUAAAAUCUGGUUUCUUUUUGUAUUGAAAUCUGGUAACUUAGAAUAAGGUUAGCUACACUAGCAAGAGGUAGACAGGACGGUCAGGUCAGACUCUUUGUAAGCUACUUUAUCAAUAGAUGAAACAGUAUUACAGCCCUAGAUUUUAAAUCAUGAGCAUGGGUAGGUUAUAGCAGAAGAGAAUGAGGGUACCCUAGAUCAAGGCAGACAAACAAUUAAAGUGGCUUUUCAUACAAGGGGCAAUUUAUCUUUCUUGAGUCAGUUAUUACUGUUUUACGGAAGGCCCAAUUUCCUGACCUAAAGGUGUACAAACAUUCUUCAUCUAAGUGUAUCGAUCAUUUGGAGCUACAUACACGGACCCAAGGGAUGACUUAAGUAGAGACUUAGACUGAUUUUCAUUGGGAUUCUUUAAACUGUUUUAAAUGAGACCCAGAAGUUUUACAAAUCUUUUAAAAACACAGUAAGUUUUUAAAUUUGUAAAAUGUAAGUAUUACCACAGAAACCACUGUAGACUUAAAUCAGGAAAAAAGUGAAACUAUUGGUAUUGGAUUUUGUAAUGACCAAUUUCUGGCUUCAGGGGAAAUAAUUAAUCGUAAAUCAAACACUUUUGGCUGUUUUUCAAACAAUACUUCAAUCCAAGUUUAAUUGUAGUCCCAUGAACCAUUUUAACCAAUUGAAAUUGAUUAUACUUAAAGCCUGAAUUGCUGCUCCUCUGUUAAACCUGGGAGCCAUUAUGAAAUUUUUCUCAAUCCUUGGUGAGUCUGUAUCAAAUAUAGUCCACUUACAAGUAAGAAGACGACCUUUGUCUGCUCCUUCUGCAAAUUCACCCUGAGCUCUGAGAGCCAGCGGGUCUCUUCCCAUGUUUCAUUUCAGCACCCAUUAAAGGUUCUGGUGGAUGACUUAAGCUGCAGUUGCAUCUGUGCCACUCCAUUGUUUUCAAAUUCUUCCCUGAAUGAAACUCACGCUGUACUUUUCCAAGCAAUGGGUUUGCACAGGUGUAACAUUUAAAAUUACUAAACAAGCUCCUUGAUGAAUGUCAGAUAUAAUCCAGCCCCUUCUGUAGCUGUGUUGGUUUUGCAUGGCUAAAAGUUUAAAAAAAAAAAAAAGUAAAGAUUUAUUUUGACACUAAAGUUGACAGAUCUGUCUCUGAUCACACCGAAGGAGCAGGUCUGUUAAGUAAUAUGGUGGUGUUUUCACAUAGCCAGUUUUGAGACAGAGCUGCACUUCAAGCUGCAGAGCUGCUUGUUUCGGGGGUGGGGGAGGAAACAGGUGCUGUUUGUGCAGGGAAUCACUGUAGGAAUCUACCCCAGCUAAUGAAUGCUCUCAGGUUCAUUGGGAACCUCUGCUAUAUUCUAGCCUGCAAUGAGUUUGAGGUGCAAGGACAGUAACAGCAUGUUCUGUCUGAAGCUAAUAGUCCAAAACCUGGGUGGUACACUUUAAUCCAAUCAGUCUGGUGUUUGGGGGAACAGCUUCCUGAGGAGUGCGGGAGAAUGUUAGGAAGGGUCUUCACAUGGCAACGCUUUAACGUGGCUGUGUAUCUGCAGCACCGGCACUGGGAGAGAGCUCUAAAACAGUCUCUCCCACGAGGGAAGUAACUCCCAGCGCUGGUGCACUGUCUAUACUGCCACUUUACAGCGCUAAAAGUUGUAGCACUCAGGGAGGGUUUUUUUCACAUCCCUGAGUGAGAAAGUUGCAGCGCUGUAAAGUGGCAGUGUAGACAGGGCCUAAGGAAUGGGCCUUUUCCUCCAAGUAGAAACCUAACAAAAGAGCCAGCAGUUUGGGUGGCAUUCAGGGAGGGUGGGGUGGAGAAUCUCUUUGAAUUUAAUUUGCACCUGUUUGAUUUACUCCCUCCAUAUCAUAAACCUUCCCCUUCCCAGGAGAUGUAAUUUGAAAGAACUGCAUUCACUGCUGUUCUUCAGACAGCCCUUGCAUCUGGGGUCUUAGGCCAUGGCUACACUCACACUUUACAGCGCUGCAACUUUCGUGCUCAGGGGUGUGAAAAAACACCCCCCUGAGCGCUGCAAGAUACAGCGCUGUAAAGCGUCAGUGUAAUCAGGGCGGCAGCGCUGCACGCUACACCCGUAAGGGAUGUGGUUUACAUGCAGCGCUGGGAGAGCUCUCUCCCAGCGCUGCCACUCCGACUACACUCACACUUCAAAGCGCUGUCGGGGCAGCGCUUUGAAAUUCCAAAUGUAGCCAUACCCUUAGGAAAGAGGGUUUCUUUUCUUCAGCAGCAUCCCUGUUGGCUCAGAAGCCUGGGACUAGAACUGCUGAUGGCCAGCAACUCAAAACAUCCCAUUGCUAACAGAAGGCAAUUUUGAAAUAUGUAAGUCCUGAAGUUGCUCCCUGUUUGUUUUUGUACAUUUUAUAUUGCAUCUGUUUCCUGCUUUAGGGACCAUCUCAGGAUCCCAGUUAGAUCUGUGUAUGUAAAAUAGGCGACUGAGGAACGGAGAGAAUCCCAUCAGUAUUCACUUAAAUGUUCAGGAGACUCUCCAAACUCCCUUGGAAGGUAACUGGUAGUAUCGGUAGUAUCGUAAAAAAAAAAAAAAUGAGGAGUCCUUGUGGCACGUUAGAGACUGCAAAAGGCAACUGUCUUUAAAGGCUUAUUGCCAAAUAGAUGCUUUAAAGGGCUAUAUCUUCCACACUUUAUUAUUCAGUUUGCCUAAGGUAACUAUCGCAGACAGAAGGAAUUCUCAGCGCUUUGAAUUCAGACAUGCUAAGGGCUAAUACACCUCCCAUGGCUAAUUGGAAGUUCCAGUUAAACGUGAAUAAAUAUUUUUAAAGACCAACUAUUGCAUUUUUCUAACAUCUUCUAAACUCUGAACAUCCAUAUUAGAAACAUUAUGAGCCAAUCACAAAUAGCAGCUCUUUAAUUUUUGUUACACUCCAGCCUCCAUCGUGGUAGGACUGCAAGUGCAGAAGACAGCACAAUCAGCUGUGUGUCUCUUGUGUAAAUAUUGAAACUUAACAGCUUCUGUUAAUAAAACUGGGAAUAAGGAGACUUUGGGAAGGUUCUCCUUCCUCGGGAAAUAGUCAUUGGUUAUUCCAUUGCAGUUUAGCUUCCCUUUACUUUGGCCAAGUCUAACAAGGAAUACAGUCUUGUAAAACUCAGGAACGCUGUUGCAAAUGUAGCUGUCAACGAAUAUUCGAAGGGCUGUUAUUAGGAUAUUAGUGAUAGUUACAUUGACUGCCAUGGAGAGAGAGAAAUCUACAUUAUAGCGUAGAAAGCUAUCUUAUUACUUCUGGGUGAUUUCACGCUUUUACUGUAACACUUGUGUAGACAGUGCUCUCCCUCAGAAGUUAAAGGACUGAAGGCUGAGCUUAAAUUUUGACCCGCCUUAACAAUGGUCCCAUCUCCAAGGCUUGGCUUUCUGGAAUCUAGUGGCUAAUGGAUGUGUGUGCCUGGCUCAUGCUCCAUUUGCAGAUCUUUUCCCCCCUAAAGCUUAUGCGCACUUAACCUAAAGUACACUUGGCCCACAUGUGUUUGCCAGGAAAGAGCAAGUGCCUAUGCACUAUAGGCCAAAUAGUGCCAAUCUGACUACUAGGAACUGAAUCAAGACCACAGAACCAUUUUCUUUAUAUCACUGAACAGAUAUCAGAGGGCAACUACUUUCAGCCACUGCUGACUUGAGCCCGAUUUGAACCUGGGUUUGAACAUCUUCAUUUCCAAUGGCCUGGCCAGGUCUCCUUUACCCAAUUCACCAGUUUUAUUGGUGGUCUGACAGUAAGUUGUGCUUCAGCUGUUUGUGUUAAGGUCCAGGAGGACAUACUUGCAAUGUUUUAUUUCCUGGAUAGUGGAUUAGCAAUAACAGUUUCCUUUUGUGCCAGUUCAUUAUCUCUGAAGUGUUCUUAUUGCAGCAAAGUUUGAAUUCUGACAUGGCUUUAAUGCUUUUGCAUGAGCCAAGAUGAUUAGCAUAGAAAUUGACAUGGAGCUGAAUCCAGAAAUUUCCCUGGAUAAACCUCUAGUAGGGCUUCCCAACUUGUUUUAAGGUAGAUGCCAUUACCCAUCAUUUUUAGAACAAAUAUACAACUAAAAUGUGUAUGGGUAUUUUUAACCUCCUUUUCGUAACACUAUUGUAAAAUGCAUGAAAUAAACCUGUUUUUCCCUUUUAA